AUGGCUAAUGGGAGCUUAGAAGACCGUCUCUUCCAGCGAGGUAACACCCCAGUUAUUCCUUGGCAGCUAAGGUUCCGAAUUUCUGCAGAAAUUGCCACUGGGCUUUUGUUCCUUCACCAGUCCAAGCCAGAGCCACUUGUACACCGUGACCUAAAACCCGGCAACAUUUUGCUAGACCAUAACUAUGUUAGCAAGAUUGGUGAUGUAGGUCUGGCCAGGCUUGUUCCUCCAUCAGUAGCCAACUCUGUCACUCAGUAUCGAAUGACGUCAACAGCUGGAACAUUCUGUUAUAUUGACCCAGAGUAUCAGCAAACCGGCAUGCUUGGAACAAAAUCUGAUAUCUACUCGCUUGGGGUCAUGCUUCUACAAAUAAUAACUGCCAAACCGCCGAUGGGUUUGGCUCAUCAUGUUGAGCUGGCUAUUGAGCUAGGGACCUUUGCUGAGAUGCUUGACCCUGCUGUUCCUGACUGGCCAAUUGAGGAAGCCUUGAGCUUUGCCAAGUUAUCUUUACAGUGUACUGAAAUGAGGCGAAAAGACAGACCAGAUCUUGCCAAGGUUGUGCUACCUGAGCUUAACAGAUUGAGAGCACUCGCUGAAGAUAGCAUGCAUUACAACAUGCUUGGUGGUUGUGGUGGUGGAGUAUACUUACCAAGACAAGGCUCAAUUUCCAGAAAACAAGAUGUGCUGAGUGACAUGCAUCUACCAAGAUCUGGAUAUGAUUGUUCAAGGAGCCAUUCAAGCACAUUAUCUUAG